AUGGAAGGACAUGUAGAAGCGGAUGAAAUCUAUCUUGUCUUGACGGGUGAAAUUGGAUAUACAACAACUCGAACUGUUUCAACUGGCAGAGGUCGAACAUCAACACGAACAGAAUAUCAUCAUGUUCCAUUCUAUUCUGCUAAAGUGAGUUUUGCUCAACCUGAAUUUGGACAAAAACAAUUGGUCUAUGGUCAAGGACAAUAUUCUUGGUCAUUUCAAAUUUCAUUAACAGAUUAUCUUCCACCAACGAUUAAUCAACCUCUAUCGUAUCCUCAUGUUCGAUAUUAUUUACAAGUUGUAAUUGAUAAAUCAUGGUAUAAACCAAAUACAAGAGAAACAAAAUAUUUAACAGUAUUUCCACGUGUUAAUUUAUUACAAAAUCCUCAAUGUUUAAUAUCAACUAUGUUUGGAAAUCAAAAUCGAAAAGAUAUCGUACUAAAAGGUUCUUUAAAUAAAUUAGGAUAUGUUCCUGGUGAAGCCAUUCAUAUAACAUUAGAUAUUGAUAAUUCACGACGAGUUUUAAUUCAACGUAUUGUUCUGUCAUUGUUACAAUCAUAUCAAAUAGGACGAAAUUCACGUGGAUAUACUGUAUUUCAAACAAUAUUACCAAAUAUUCUGAAUAUAAGAGAUCAACAAAGAAGAGAACCAUUUUCAAUAAUCAUGCCUUCUGUUCCAAUACCACCUUCCUAUCAAUUUCAAGGAGGACUUCAAAGACUUGCUUUGGUGAAUAUUUCUUAUAUACUUCGACUUGCUGUUAAAGUCGAAGGACUAUUUACUAAUUUUGAUGUGAAUAUACCAAUUACUAUCGGAACAGAACCAUAUCUUGAUUCCAAUCAACAACCAACACCGAAUUCAGUGACAGUUUCUUAUUCUUUAAAUCCUGAACAAUCAAUGUUUAAGGAUGAUGAUCUACCACCUAGCUAUGAUUCUCUUGGAGAAAAUAUUAAAUGA